UAUGUGUACAGAUGCAACUAGUUGUUUGGGAGAUGGCUGCAAUGAAGGCUUUAUCAAGCACAGAACAGAUGGAACAUGUACUUCAUGUGGAGAAAGAGGAAUAGCAUUUUGUGAAUAUGAAAGCUUUACUUCUAAUAAUAUUCUACCAAAGAUUUGUAAACAAGGAUUUUUCCUAAACACAUCUCCAACACCAAAUACAUGUGAAGAGUGUGAUGAAAAUUGCAUGGAAUGUUCAACAGCUGGACAACAUAAAUGUGAUGUUGGAAAGUGCAAGGUUGGAUUCUUCUAUAAUUCUGAUGAUCAGAAAUGCUACAAAAAUAAGGCUGGAUGUGAAAUCUCUAUUCGAUCUGGCACUCAAACAAUAUGCCAAUCUUGUAAUACAGCAAAUAGUACCCUUUCAAAUGGAAAUUGUAAGUUGUGUCCAACUGGUUGCAAUGGAUGCAGUAUUGAUUCAACAAGCAAUCAAUUAUCCUGUUCAUCUUGUAAAAGUGGAUAUUACAAAUCAAAUAAUAAUUUAUGUGUGCCUUGUCCAAUUGGAUGCAAAACUUGCUUAUUAGAUGGAGUAGAGCUCAAAUGUACAAGUUGUCAAACAUCUUUUGGUCUUAAAGGAGGAUUGUGUGAAUCUUGUGAUACUUCUGAAUGUGAAAGUUGUCUAUUUGAUGACAAUUCUAUGAUUUGUGAAAAGUGUGCUGACAAGUUUUAUGUGAACAGCAACAAUUGUGGAAAGUGUCCAUUAUACUGUAGUGAAUGCUCAUAUAAUAAGAGAUAUGAAUGUUCAAAGUGUUAUGAUGGCUAUGCAAAAACUUCAGAUGGCCAAUGUAUAGUUUGUCCAUCCAAUUGUAAAAAAUGUAUUGCUAACUCUCAACGAAAUUCAAUCUGUACAGAAUGCAAUUCAAACAGAUACUCUCUUCAAAGUGAUGGAAUUUGUAGGCUUUGCUCUGAUGUUACCUUUGGAAACUGUGAAACCUGCACUUCUGAAUCAAGUGCAAAGAAUGCAAAAUGUUUGACGUGUGGUGUAGGCUUUGCUCUGAAAGAUGAUGAAUCAGAGUGUAUUUCCUGUCCUAUUAAUGGUUGUGGACUAUGUGUUCAUGGAAGAGAAUGUUUAAAAUGUAAAAGUGGAUUCUAUCCAAUUAACCAUAACAGAGAAUGUGGGCGCAAAUGUUAUGAAUGUGAAGGAAAUGAAAGUGAAUGUGGUAAAGCAAUAAAUGGAAAUAAUACUUUAUCAGAUAAAGUAAAGGAGGUUGAAUGUGGUAAUGGGGAUUGUUGGGCAUUUAGAAUUGAAUCAAAAGAUGGUAUAUUGUACUCAAGGAAAUGCUCAAACAGAACAUGUGUUGAAAUAUCUGAAAAUGAGAAAUGUGAUAAGAUUGAUGGUUUUAAUCAUUGUGAAAAGUGCUGUUAUGGUGAAAAUUGUAACACUUGGCAUUUAGAUGGAAAAGCUGGUACUGGACGUAUUCUGUUUUCAUUUGCUUGUUUUGGUUUAUCUAUAAUCUACUAUAUUCUUUUUUAA